GUUUCCGGUGCCAGUGAUUAGCGUGGGAAAUUUGACAUGGGGAGGAAACGGGAAGACGCCGAUGACAGAGUUCAUCGCUAGAUACAUGGAUGAUUUGGGGAUACCUCCGCUAAUACUUUCAAGGGGCUAUGCUGGUGGGGAUGAAGCUAAAAUGCUUCAAAGGCACCUUUCACAGACAUCUGCAAAGAUUGGUGUUGGCGCAAACAGGACAGCUGCAGCGGCUGAAAUGUUUGAAAGAUAUGGUUGCAUGGACUUGGGCAGCUCGCUAUACUUUGAGGCUCUUUUAUCACCAUUUAAGUUAAGGCCUCAUUUGAGAACUGAAAUGAUAGGCAUUGUAAUUCUGGAUGAUGGAAUGCAGCAUUGGAGUCUUUUUAGGAAUGCGGAGUUGGUUAUGAUAAAUGGCUUGUCACCGUGGGGGAAUAAUCACUUGAUCCCUCGUGGGUCCUUAAGAGAACCACCUGAUGCCCUUGGUCGAGCCCAUAUUGGAGUUAUCCAUCAUGCUGAUUUG